GCGGUCCCCGCCGCAGGAGGCCAGCAGCCCUCCGCCGGGACUCCAGGCCAGGAACCAGCACCGGGACUCGGGGUGGGCCGGGAGGCGACACACCAGCUCCAGCGCCUCCUUCAUGGCGGCGCCGCCUCCUCUUCCUCCUCCUCUUCCUCCUCCCGCCGCCGCCGUUACGUCCUGACGUCAGCACGCCUCUCGCCGUCCUGCCGGAAGCGGAAGCGGCACCGUUAAAGCGGAAGUGGGGCUGGACCGACCGGGCCCGGCGGCGCCAUGUACACCCCGGGCGGGCCGGCCUUGCCCGGCGGGCGGCGGCGGCGGGGUGUGGGUGGCGGCGGAGGAGGGGGAACGGCGGGGAGCGGCCUCCCCAAACAACCGGAACGCAGUUUGGCUUCGGCCCUGCCCGGGGCUCUCUCCAUCACGGCGCUCUGCACCGCCCUGGCCGAGCCCGCCUGGCUCCGCAUCCACGGCGGCACCUGCGCCCGCCAGGAGUUGGGGGUCGCCGACGUCCUGGGCUACGUGGACCCCGAAUUGUUGCGAGAUUAUUGCAUGAACCCCCAGACGGUGCUGCUGCUGCGGGUCAUCGCCGCCUUCUGCUUCCUGGGGAUCCUCUGCAGCCUCUCGGCUUUCCUGCUCGACGUCUUCGGGCCCAAGCACCCGGCCCUCAAGAUCACUGCGCCACCGUCAUCGGGUUCUGCUACUGGGCUUCGGAGCUGAUCCUCGCCCAACAACAGCAGCACAAAAAAUACCACGGCUCCCAAGUCUACGUCACCUUCGCCGUCAGUUUUUACCUGGUGGCGGGGGCCGGGGGGGCUUCCAUUUUAGCCACGGCCGCCAACCUGCUGCGCCAUUACCCCACCGAGGAAGAGGAGCAGGCCCUGGAGCUCCUCUCGGAGAUGGAGGAGAACGAACCUUCCCCCGCCGAGUACGAAGUCAUCAACCAGUUCCAACCCCCCCCGGCCUACACCCCCUGA